GAUUGACAUCUUAAUGUUCACAUUUCUAGAAUAGAAAUCUUAUGGAUAUGUUGGAUCGUAGUUGCUCAACAAUCACUACUAUGUUACAUUACUGGUUUCACAAUUGUUGGAUAAAGUUUACUUAUUGCUUUGGUAUGUGUCUUCAAAUAGUAAUGCAAUCCUGUAGUGAUCUUCCAUUUCAGUGAUCCUAUUUGGGUUAUAUGUGCUACAUCUUAUAGUCUAAGGAGCUAUUAUCUUCAGAUUAUCCAGCUUACAACAUUUUCUUAGUGCUGUUUCUAUCAAUAAUAUAACUUUCUAAAACAGAAACAACUCUCUAAGCAAAUAUAAGAUAUUUUAGCUAUGUUAAGCACCAAUUCGAAGUUGAAUUCUGACUCAUUGCAUUAUUUAGAGUUAUUUUCUUUCGGCUACAGACAAAUUAAUUAAUGCAUGUUGUGCUGUUAUAAGAAAAAGUAACGAAAAACAGAACCUCCACGCAAGCUCCAUCAACCAAGCAGUAAAUUGGCACGGAUGAGAUCAUCACUAAAUUUACACUUGUAGUUUGUGUUUUAUGUUUUGUUAGGAUGUUAAACUAUCUUGAAUGCUCUCUUGUUCUUUAUUCUGAUGUUACCUGAAUCUAAUGAUCUAGUUUUGGAAUCUGUAAUGUUGACAGAACAUGUUCUUUCCUCCUUUCAUUCAAUGCUUGUCACUGAGCGUUUUCUUUCUUUUGAUCGACUAUACUGUGUAGAAACUAUGUAAUGUUGAAAUGUUGAGGUUUCUUUCUUUUAUUUCAGAGUCUUCGUGUUGACGUUUGUCUUAGAUAACUAUCUUCUUUGGUUUGUGUUUCUUGAUUCACUUUAAGUGUUAUGAUCCUCUUGUUUAAUAUUCAUUAGAUUACCCUUUUCCUGUGAGAUGAUAGUCUUGCCAGGUUGACCUUGUUAAGGAUGGUGGACAUGCAUAUUUCAUUAGAUUUCUUGACAGCGUUGAGGCUUAUCCAGAGCAAAGGGCAAUGGCUGCAUAUGUCUUGGCAGUAACUGCUGAUGGUCACAGACGGGGUCAGGAGGCGUGUAUUGAAGUGGGGCUUAUUAAUGUCUGCUUGAAGCAUCUUCAGGGAUCAACCUAUAAUGAUGUCCAAACUGAACCAUUGUAUCUUCAAUGGCUGUGCCUUUGUCUGGGAAAGCUCUGGGAGGAUUUCGCAGAGGCACAAGUACUAGGCUUGCAGGCAGAUGCACCAGCAAUAUUUGCGCCUCUACUUACUCAAUCGCAGCCUGAGGUGCGAGCUGCAUCUAUAUUUGCACUAGGUACUUUACUUGAUGUUGGGUUUGAUACAUCUAUGGAUGACAUUGGAGAGGAUGAAGACUACGGCAAUGAGGAAAAAACUGGGGCAGAAGUCAUAAUGAAGAGCCUUUUAAGUGUUGUUUCGGAUGCGAGCCCUUUGGUACGAGCUGAGGUUGCUGUUGCCUUGGCUCGUUUUGCCUUUGGGCAUAAGGUGCACCUGAAGUCGCUUGCAGCUGCAUAUUUGAAGAGUCAAUCUAAUUCCAUGCCGACUUCCUUGCCUUCUUCUACGGUCCAGAGUUCAGGUAGUGGCUAUACGACGCCAACUUGUUAUGUUCCACAUGGAAGUGUAGUUCCAUCUCCUAAUGCUCCUUUAUUGAGAGUGGUAGGUGACAGUCCGUCUAUCUCUCACGAUGGUAGGGUCUCGACUAGCAGCCAUGUUGCAACACCGGGCUUCAUGCAUGGAUCUCCUUUGCCUGAUGGUUCUUCUCAUCAUUCUGAUUCUGGAAGACUGGGUGAUGCUGCAAGCGAUGGUGUUGUUAAUCAUAUAAGACCCAGACCACUUGAAAAUUCACUCUAUACUAAGUCUGUGCAGGCCAUGUUUGCCCUGGCAAAGGAUCCAUCACCUCGCGUUGCAGGUCUUGGAUGUAGACUGCUUUCAAUUAUUGGGAUUGACCAAGUGUUCACCAAGUCAGUCGAGUCAACUGUUGAAUCCACAACAUCUCCUGGCCCUAGUUCUGCUGGAUUGAAUCGAUCAUCUUCUUGGUUUGACAUGAGUGGAGGUAGGCGUUUACCUGUGCCUUUUAGGACUCCUCCUGUCAGUCCCCCCCAGUCCAGUUUCUUAAGGGGAUUGCGAAGAGUUUAUUCUUUAGACUUCAGGCAUCGCCCAAUGAACUCUCAAGACUCAGGGUCAGCUGAUCCCCUCUUGGGUUCUGGUGGAUCUUCUAGAGCUUCAGAACACAGUUCUAUUCCUCAAUCAACCAUUUAUAAUUGGAGCUGUGGCCACUUCUCAAAGCCACUUCUUUCUGCAGACGAUGAUAAUGAAGAGAACAUUUCUAGGAGAGAAGAGAAGGAGAAGUUAGCUCUUGACCUCAUCACCAAAUCCCAGCACUGUUCGGUGAACAGACUGCACAAUCAAAUUGCCACUUGGGACACAGAGUUUGAGAGUGGUACGAGAACUGCUUUGCUGCAUCCCUUCUCACCAGUUGUGAUUGCUGCAGAUGAGAGUGAAUGGAUCAGGGUCUGGAAUUACAAGGAGGCUACCCUUCUUAACAGCUUCGACAACCAUGGUUACCCUGAUAAAGGAAUUUCAAAGAUUUGCCUCGUGAAUGAGCUUGAUGAGAGUUUGCUCCUUGUUGCUUCAAGCGAUGGCAACAUACGGAUUUGGAAAGAGUAUACUGCAAGAGGUCAACAGAAACUAGUUUCUGCAUUCUCUUCACUUCAAGGUCUCAGACCAGGUUCUCACAGUGUGAAUGCUGUUGUGGAUUGGCAGCAGCAAUCUGGAUACCUGUUUGCAUCUGGUAAUAUUUCUUCUAUCAUGGCUUGGGAUCUUGACAAAGAGCAGCUUGUAAAUACUUCUCCAAUAUACUCGGAUUGCAGCAUCUCAGCAAUACAAUCACAACUGGUGAGAAGGGAUGCAGCGAAGCAGUUCUCGUACCACUCUCAAACUUUGUGUCCCAAGUGGCAAUUUGAUUAUGCAGUCUGUUCACCUCUGAGACAAAGAAGCUUGUUUGUUCAACCCGACCUCAUCCCAAAGUGGAAAGAGUUGUUGGGGUUGGCUUUCAACCUGGACUUCAACCAGCAAAGGUGACUACUAUUGCCCUGUUUAUAUCUGGCCUGUCAAUUGUCAACUUGUCAGUUACUGGUUUCUCAGAAGACUGUAUUUUGAAAAGAAAAAAAAAGAGUUGUCAGUGCAUCUCAGGCUGGUGAUAUUCAGUUCCUCGAUAUGAGAAAUCUCAAGGCGGCUUACCUGACCAUUGAUGCUCACAGGGGAUCACUUACAUCUCUGGCGGUACAUCGUCAUGCACCCCUUAUAGCAAGUGGUUCAUUAAAGCAACUUAUCAAAGUGUUCAACCUGGAGGGUAAGCAGUUAGGCAGCAUUAGGUAUUUGUCCACCUUCAUGGCUCAGACGAUUGGAUCUGUAAGAUGCCUUACCUUCCAUCCCUAUCAAGUGCUGCUUGCUGCUGGUGCAGCAGAUGCCUGUGUUUCUAUCUACGCUGAUGAGAUUUCCCCACCAACAUAACAACUUCAUCGCUUUGUCACAAAUUCUCAGAUUGAGAAACAAGAUUUUUAGGACUUGGGUGUGUUCCUUUGAGAUGGUCAGUGGCGGAUGGAUUGUUGACAUCUCUUCUGGUCCCAGUCUACAUCUCUUAAUACAGUGAUCAGCUCACUGAGGUUGAUGUUGACAUCUUUGAUUAGUUGCUGUCAACCUCUCCUGAAGAGCUGAUCCGGCUCACGGAGGUUGCAUGCUGCUUAUUUAUUGAGCUGCAUCAGCACAGAGUGGCGGAAAGUCAAGAAAAAUCAACAUAUUGAACGGAAGCUUUGGAGAAAAAUUCCAUACAAAGAGUCCUUAAUGGAGAUGAUAGUUGGAGAUUAUUUUAAGCUUUGGAUCAACUAUUUCUGGUGGGAAGUAGCAAGUACCUGGUGUGUGCCAAGUUGGUCCCGACAACACGAUCAUUAAAAGAAACUAUUUCUGGUCACUUUCAUGUCAACAGCAAUUUUCUACAGGAAUCAACUUCCAUACCAAAGUGUGAUGAUGCAAUGAGUUUGAAUAGGAUUAGGGACGUGGCACAAAUAUCAAAAUGCCUAUAUUGCAGAGGAAAACUACUCUCAGAAGAAUUUGAUUGAUCCUGUCAUCUUUACAUUAUCUUCGUACUUCAAAAAAAAGUAUGUUCUUAUUGUUGUAUAUUGUAAAUGAUAACAAGGAUGAAAUUUAUCAUAUUGAGUUAAUUAACUAUUCACUUCAUUAAUAAUACGCUUCUACCUUUCACUA